CAUGCUGCCCGACGACUAACUUCCGCGAAGCGAUGCGUUGGAGGUAUGGUGCUGGGAAUAUAUACUUGCCCUCCCUAGCGUUUCACGUCCUCCUGUAUAUACGCUCUUUCAACACUACCUGGAGCUUUUUCAACAUCACACACCUUCCCCACCAGGCGAACGAAUCACGAUGUCCGGACCACCUGCAGAUUACGCACCUGGAAGUCUAUGGUGUUACGCGCCGAACAAAGGCGCGCCGAUAGCGUUCGCCGUGCUUUUCUUCGCGUCAGGAAUUGUGCAUACGUACCAGUGCUUUCGCUAUAAAUCCUGGAAAGUCAGCGGCUUACUACCCUGGGCCGCUGUUCUCUUCACCGCAGGUUUUAUAACGCGUGACAUUGGAGCAUACCACUACGAUAGCAUAGGGAUAUAUAUCGCGUCGAGCGUCCUGUUGCUCAUUGCGCCUCCAGUCUACGAGGGCGCAAAUUACUUUCUCCUCGGACGCAUCCUCUACUACGUCCCAUAUCACGCUCCCCUUCACCCCGGACGCGUCGUUUCGACUUUCCUCGGCAUCGAUGCGGCCAUCGGUGCCCUCACCGGAACUGGCGCCUCCUACGUCGCCAAUAGCUCGCUUCCCGAGUCGCAGCAAAAGCUAGGGCAGAACCUCCUGAAAGCCGCGCUCCUGCUGCAGAUCGCCUCCAUGACCCUAUACGUAGGCAUCGCGGCCAGGUACCACUAUCGCUGCCGCCGCACGGGCGUCCUCAACGCCAACCUGCGCAAGGUCCUCAUCGUCUUGUACUGCAGCUGCACGCUCAUCACUGCGCGCACCAUCUACCGCACCGUCGAGUACUUCGCCGUCGCGUCCAUCAGCACUACGACGGACGAUCCGGGUAGCAUCAGCCCCGUCGUCUGCCAUGAGUGGUACUUCUGGGUGUUCGAGUCGACGUUCAUGUUCGGUAACACCGUUCUCCUGAAUGUGUUCUACCCGUCGCGCUACCUGCCCAAGAAUAACAAGAUAUACCUGUCGGAGGAUGGCAAGACGGAGAUCGAGGGACCCGGGUACGAGGACAAGCGGCACUUCCUGCUCACCCUGUUCGACCCAUUCGACAUCGUUGGCCUCUUCAGGAAGAAGGACGUAAAGUACUGGGAAAUGCAGAACAGAGGAGAGCGUUAUGGGACCGUAGCGGGUCCGCAUAGUACGGUCUGAGGCUUAUAGACUCAGGUAGUGUAGAGGGUUCGUCGGUAGCGCCAUUUGGGUAUACCAGAGACAACUUGCUUGUAAGGUCUCCGCGGUCACUCAAAAGGCUCCCUCCGACUUCAUCUGAAGCAAUGGUUCUCUGGGUUUCGAGACGCU